GCAGCCCGUCCGAGAAACAGGGGUGGUGAGCCGGUGGGGGUAUGAUGGGGCGGAGCAUCAGACGAGCGGAGCGGUCAAUGAGCAAGACCUACCUUCCCUACGAUCCGGACCAGCAGUUGCUGCUGCCGGCGGCGCUGCAGGAGUGGCUGCCACCGGACCACCUGGCCUAUUUCAUCUCCGACGUCGUGGACCAGUUGGACCUCUCGGCCAUCACCGCCCGCUACGAGGAGGAAAGGCGGGGCGGCCCUCCCUACCAUCCACGGAUGAUGGUCAAGGUGCUGCUCUACGGCUACUGCAACGGGGUGGCAUCGUCCCGUCGCAUCGCCCGGCGUCUCCACGAGGACAUCGCCUUCCGGGUGCUGGCGGCGAACAACACGCCGGACUUCCGCACCAUCUCCGACUUCCGAAAGGACCAUCUGGAGGCGUUGGGGGAAUUGUUCCUGCCAGGUGCUGGAGUUGUGCCGGCAGGCAGGACUGGUAAAGCUGGGGCACGUGGCCCUGGACGGCACCAAGGUGAGGGCCAAUGCAUCAAAGCACAAGGCGAUGAGCUACGGGCGGAUGAGGGAGAGAGAGGAGCGGUUGCAGGCCGAGGUGGACGAGUUGCUCCGGAAGGCGCAGGAGGUGGACGAGGAGGAGGACCGCCGCUACGGGAGGGACAGGCGUGGGGAUGAGUUGCCGGAGGAACUGGCCUUCCGGGAGGGACGGCUGCGGAGGAUAAGGGAGGCCAAGGCGGCGCUGGAGGCUGAGGCACGGGCGGAGGCGGAGCAGGCUGAGACCGAGGGCCGCAAUCGUCCUGGGGUGCCUGAUGACAAGGCGCAGCGGAACUUCACCGACCCGGACUCCUGCAUCAUGCCCGGCCCGGGAGGGAGGGACUUUCAGCAGUCCUACAACUGCCAGGCGGUGGUGGACAGCGAGCAUCAGGUGAUCGUGGCGGCCUGUGCCACGA